GGGGUGUCGGUGAGGAGGAGGUUGGGGAUAUUCAAUUGCUCGAUGGAGGUGGUCAUAUUGUGUCUAUCUAUAUGGAUUGGAAGGGUUGGGUCUUCGUGAGAGAACAAGGUUGGACUGCUCGGUAUAUAACUGCCAUCCAUCCCCGCAUCGACUAUCUCGGUGCGAUAGGUCGAUGAUGUGCUCAGUGGCGCCAAGAUUGCGCCAACCCCGCCAUUUGGCUGCUGCUUGUGAUAAUCUUCGAGCAAGACAAGGAUUGUCGGUUAUGAGUGGUCCUCUGCAUAUUGCGUCACAAGUCUAGGUCCUUAUCUACCGGUCCUUCAGGUUCUUGACGCGCCAUGGCCGAGGUUAGAUAGUUAUCAUGCAAGGGGGGGAUGAUCUUGCGUGCUUGGGGAAUGAUGAGUGAUCUCUAUCUAUAAUCUGAGUGAAGAGUCAGCCAGUCUGUUAUUGAGACUCCCACCCCAGCACGCAAGACAUUAUCAAAAACAAAGAGGAGGGGUCAAACGCUGUUCUCACGAUGACAGCAAGCAGCAAGGACGGAGAACAAGUAUCCCCGACAGUAACCGACAAUGGCGAGAAUCACCUGCAAAAAAGGCGAUCCUUCAUUCGCAGCACGCUAUUCCAAAUCCUCGUUGUUGGCCUCUGCGCCUUCUGUGCCCCAGGGAUAUGGAGCGCCAUGAACGGCCUGGGCGUGGGGGGCUCACAAAGUCCGAACCUGGUGAACGCCGCCAACGCCCUGUUGUACGCCUUUAUGACGGUCACCUGCUUUGCCGGCCCCUGGCUGACGAACAUCAUCGGGUUCCGCUACACGCUGGCAAUCGGGUCAGUCGGCUACCCGCUCUACGCCGCAGGUCUAUAUCUGAACAACCGCACCGGCGCAACCUGGCUCGUCUAUCUUGGCUCCAUAACCUGCGGCCUCAGUGCCGGCUUCUUCUGGAGCGUCGAAGGCGCCAUCGCCACAGGCUAUCCAGAGCAGCACAAACGAGGCCGGUACAUCGCAACGUGGUUCACAUUCCGGAAUUUCGGAAACAUCAUCGGCGGCGCCAUCUCCCUGGGGAUCAACCACAGCGUCAACAAACGCGGGCAGGUAGGAUACCAAACCUAUCUCGGCUUCAUCGCCAUCCAAUGCCUGGGUCUAGUGUUCGGCCUCUUACUAUCGAACCCAGAGAAAGUCCAACGCGACGACGGAACUCGCAUCGAAGCCCCCAGGAACAUAAACUGGCGCACAGAAUUGCGUGCCAUGUGGCGUCUCGCCCGAAGCAAAUCUAUCCUCCUCCUCACGCCCCUGUUCUGGUACUUCGGCUGGAUCCAGGCCUACCCGGGCACCUACCUGGCAACCUACUUCACGGUUCGCUCCCGGGCACUCGGCAGCUUCCUCUCGGCCGUAGUCGGCACGCUAGCCACCUGGCUGGGCGGUACACUCGUCGACCUACCCUGGCUUCCAAGCCGGAAGGCAAGGGCUGUAACAACAUACGGCCUCAUUGCAGCCAUGAACACCGCAACGUGGAUCUGGGCCGUGGUGAUUCAAAACGAAUACAGACAUACCAAGCCCGUGCUGGACUGGGCGGACCAAAGCGCGUUUGGGCGCGGCUUUGGGGUCUACAUGUUCGAGCGGAUCAGCUUAGGCAUGGUCGAGAACUAUAUCUACUGGUGUAUUGGGAAUCUGUCGGAUUCGCCCGGUGAUCAGAUCAGAUAUAGCUCUUUGCUGAGGGGGAUUGAGACUGCCGGUGUGGCGGUCGGGUUCGGGGUGCAGGCUGUGCCGACGGCUUUGAUUGUGACUGCGGGAAUUAAUCUGGGGUUGUGGUGUGUUGCGUUGCCCUUUAGCUAUUAUGCUACUCUGGGGGUUGUGAGGAAGUUCGCCAAGAUGGGGUUGGUAGGACAAGGGGAUAGACCUGAAGAGAGAUAUUGAUGAAAUAGAAUUAAGUGUAUAUGAGCUACAGUUAGACUGCAAUGC